AUGUCAUUAUUCAAGGAAUUAGAUAAUGAGAAAAACAACGUCUUGAAGGAUAUCGACAAUCCGAGAUCAGCAUCUCCAAACAAUUCACAUUUAAGAUCGCAUUCUAGAGGACGACCACAUGAUAGUGAAAACAGAUCAUUAAGUCGUGCUAGAAGAACAGCUAACGGUAUCAAAUGGACCAUCUUGAACCACGAUCCUCUGGAAAGACUUCUGAUAGGCAAUCAUAAUUCGUUAGAAAAUGAGGACGACGAUAAUUUCGAUUCAGAUUAUGAGGAAGAAGAUAGUGAGGAAGAACAAAUCAGUGAUACAGAUAAUGAGUUUCAAUACGAUGAUGGUGGCGUUAUCUUGCCCAACUUUGCUACCUAUAGGAAAGAGCCAAUUGAGGAAGCAGAACAUGAACAAGAAAAAUCCAAGAAGGAGAAAAUUUCUGAUGCUGGCCUUGCUCUUGAAACCGUCACUUCAAGAUUGAGAAGCUAUAGUAUGGGUGAAACUAAUGAAGAUCCGGUGGUUAAAGAUGCCAAGGAGGUUGCCCGAUUACAAGAAAUUCAGGCUACACAAAGUGCCUUGGAGAACGCGGUGGCCGUCGGCGCGCCAAUCCCAAAGGAAACUAUUGACAUUAUAAAGAACUUGCCACCAAAAGAAUUAGAAUACAUUGAUCAAUCUUUGCUUGAGCGACAGCCAGCGGCGGCUCUUCCCGAUGAUGAUGAAGGUUGUCCAGCCCAUUCUCUGAAAUCGGUGAAAAAAGUCUCUGAUUUGUAUCUAAAAAAAUACGCUAAUUAUAAAGGAAAGAUUACUUCUCCUGGUGAUAAGAGAAACUUCAAUGCGCCAUAUACUUAUGACAGGGAAGUGGAGGAAGAUGUUGAAGUGGCAAAGAAAUUGAAUGCUCAAAUAAACAUUGGUGACAUAGACUCAAGUAUAGAAAACUCAAGAUGUAUCAGAACCAUAACAAGAGGCAAUUUUUUCGAAUCCUUGCUGAUACAUAAUAAGCCAAAUACCUAUUUAAUUUGUACAGACUUCUCACCAGAAAGUUUGUAUGCCCUUGAAUGGUGUAUUGGAACUGUUUUGUGUAAUAAUAGCGUUUUAUUCAUUAUUUACGUGAUUGAGGAAGAUAAAGAGAAGUCCAAGAUGGGUAAUAAUGUUACUGAUAUCGAAAAAGAACAGAUUAGAAAAGACGGGAUCGAAAGAAUCACCAAAACUUAUUUAGACUUUAUCAAGUUGACGAAGUUACAAAUUCAUGCUGUUGUGGAAGUGAUUCAUCAUCCAAUUCCUAGACAUUUGAUUACAGAGGUUAUUGAUCACAUACAGCCAACAUUGGUUGUUGUUGGUUCUAGAGGUAAGAACGCCAUCCAGGGAGUUUUACUUGGUUCAUUAUCAAACUACUUGGUUACCAAAAGUUCGGUUCCUGUGAUGGUGGUUCGAAAAGAAUUAAAGAAAACCCUUAAAAAGAAGAAGUUUUCUAAUUAUUCUUCAAACGUUCAUUCGCUUAAGGAUGCUCGUGUAGAUUGA